AUGUCGCCGGCGGUGAGCUUCAUCCACCCCUACAUCCGCACUCGCCACGAGAUUCGGGCGGCUCUGCGAGGGUACGAUCUCUUUUUCAUCGACGAUCGCGAACCAUUUCACCCGCUCGCAAUAAUUGUUUCCCCGAAAUUUCAGCGAACAACGAGAGCGGGAACGAGAGCGCGAACGGGAGCGCGAGAGAUCGCGGGACAGAGAUCGAGACAGGGAGAGGGGCCGGGGGAGGGGGACUCGCGACGGGACAAGGAGUUGGAGGACGAGGCCCGCGACAAGAAGAGGCUGGAGAAGAAGGCGCGCGAGAAGGAAGCCGCCUAUCAGGAACGGCUCCGGAACUGGGAGGGUCGCGAGCGCCGUAAGGCGAAGGAGUACGAGCGAGACAAAGAGCGGGAGAGGUGCCGCGAGGAGGAGAGGGAACGAGAGGCCAAGAGACUCAAGCAAUUCCUCGAGGACUACGACGACGAGCGGGACGACCACAAGUACUACAAGGGCAAGGAGCUGCAGCGGCGCCUGGGCGCGCGCGUGCGCGAGGCCGAGAGCGACGGGCGCGAGAGGCAGCGCGAGCAGGAGGAGCUGAGCGCGUUGCGGGCCGAGAUCUUCGGCGCCGCGCCGCCCGACGACCCCGUCGCGGGCGCGGCCUUCGAGCGCGCCAAGAGGGCGCACGAGGAGCGCUACCGGCCGCGGCCGCUCCUCGACGUCACGCUGCAUCACGAGCUGCAGCAGGAGAGGGAGCGCCAGCGCGCCGUGCGCCGCGAGAGGGCGCGCCUCGAGGCCCGCGAGAGGCUCGCCCGGGAGCGCGAUCGCUACCUGCGCGCGCAGGCCUCGCGGCAGCUGCCCACCGAGGCCGAGCCCAUCGACUCCGACUCGGACGGCGGAGUCGCUUCGGGCGCGUCGGAGAGCGGAGAGCGCGGGGCGGGCGAGAUCGGCGCCGAGGCGGCGGAGGACGCCGACGGCGGGGAGGCGGGCGAGGGGCGAGAGGGCGAGGGCCGGACGUCGGCGGACGAGGCCAGCGGAUCCCUGACGCCCCCGCGACCCCCCGCCGCACACCCCCGCAGACAUCGCCAUCGCCGGCAUCGCCGAGACACGCAAAACGGAGGCAGCACCCCUCCCUCCCCCGAGCCCGCUCCUUCUCAUCGGCACCACGCACACGGCGGCGGCGGCGGCGGCGGCGUCUCGGUGGGCGGCUCGCCCAUCUCCAUCAGCUUCAAGGGCAAAUCGCCGGGCCUCACCCCCGCCGCGCUCACGCCCGCGGCCGACAUGGGGCGAGUGCACGCGGCCUUCGCCGACGAGGACGAGCCCUCGCCCGACGCGCCCCGCCAUCACCCCCACCGCAGGCACUCGUCGAGCAAGGACAAGCGCGACCGAGAGAAGCGCAAGCGCGAGAACAGCGAGAGCGAGAAGGCGGACGGGGGCGACAGGGGCGAGGAGGGCAAGAGCGCCGAGGAGAAGAGGGCGCAGGUGAAGAGCCUCAUCGACAAGAUCCCCACGCAGAAGGAGGCGCUGUUCCGGUACGAGCUCGACACGGAGCAGAUCGACGCGGCGCUCAUGGACAAGAAGAUCCGGCCCUGGAUCAACAAGAAGAUCAUCGAGUACAUCGGCGAGCCGGAGCCGACGCUCGUCGACUUCAUCUGCAGCAAAGUGCUGGCCGGCUCCGCGCCCCACACCAUCCUCGACGACGUGCAGAUGGUGCUGGACGAGGAGGCCGAGGUCUUCGUCGUCAAGAUGUGGCGCCUGCUCAUCUACGAGCUCGAGGCCAAGAAGGCCGGCCUGCACAAGGCCGCGUAG